GCCCUAACUAUAACAGGGAAAGAGAGGGAAGGAGAAAGAGCGACAGUGGGCAAUAACAACGUGCCCGUAAAUAAAGGGUUGUAUUGAACCUGUCGAUAACAAAUUCUGAGGCGACUUUACUGAAGCAAGAGAAGAAAAGCCGCAAGGAGGCAGCUCCACCAGAAAACCACAGCGGAAGCAUCCCAACCACAACUUUACAAAGGAAUAACAAUGCGCUUCUGACAUGUCUCUUUCACUGGGCGUGAACGGGGCGAUGUGCUUUCCAGGAGGAACUGAAAACCCUGAACUGCUGAGAGAAGUUUAUGGAACACCGAACUUUAUCGAAUGAGAUGCUAUAAUUUUUUUCGAGAAAGAUAAUUGUUUCCUGUCACUUGUAUCCUGUCAAGUGAUGACCGUAUCUCACGCAAUUCAUUUUUGCUAUUAUGGAUUUAUAGUGUUAAACAUUUUUCAACUAUUUACAGUGUGUGUCGAAACUUGCAUGUGACAGGACGUUGCCCAUGGAUAAUUUUGUUAAAUCAUCUCUUUUCUGAGUUUAAUUUGGAACCAAGCGAGAUACCGCCCAAACUUGUUUGAAUAAUUCAUGAAAUUGAACUUGGCUGCUUGUGAACACAAAAAAGUUACGACGAUAGGCUGCAAGGUAGGGGGAAUACCAAUUUAAAGUGGUCAAGGGGAUGGCCACUGCGGCUUCCAACCCCUAUCUAGCCAGCAAUAGUAUUCUGUCGUCAGGUUCGAUUGUUCACUCUGAGUCGGUAGGCAGUGGUAUGCAGCCGGGCAGUGUUGCAGUUACCUCUGUGUCUGGCGGAUACCGAGGCGACCCGAAGAUGGUGCAGAGCGACUUCAUGCAGGGUGCCAUGGCGUCAAGCAACGGCGGACACAUGCUCAGUCAUGCCCACCAGUGGGUGACAUCGUUGCCUCACGCCGCCGCGGCUGCAGCAGCGGCUGCCGUGGCAGCUGCAGAGGCCGCUUCGCCUUGGUCAUCAAGCCCCGUUGGGAUGGCGGGCAGUCCCCAGCAGCAAGACGUCAAAAACAAUUCAAGCAGAGAGGACUUGCACAGCAGCGGUGCGUUGCACCACAGACCACCCCACCUGGGAGCUCAUCAGACGCACCAAGGGGCGUGGGGUGGCACCAGUGCCGCUCACAUUCCAACCAUCACCGGAGGACAACAGCCAUCCCAGCAGUCUCUUAUUUAUUCGCAGCCCGGGGGAUUCACCGUCAACGGCAUGCUGAACGCGCCGGGGAGUUUGGUGCACCCAAGUUUGGUGCGAGGGGACACUCCAGAGAUGGAUCAUGGCAACCAUCACCAUCACCACCACCACCAGCACCCCCACCAUCAUCAUCACCAGCAUCACAGUGGGGUGAGCAGCCACGACUCCCACUCGGACGAAGAUACGCCGACCUCAGAUGAUUUGGAACAAUUUGCCAAGCAGUUCAAACAGCGCCGUAUUAAACUGGGUUUUACGCAAGCUGACGUCGGCUUAGCGCUUGGCACGCUCUACGGGAACGUCUUCUCUCAGACCACAAUAUGUCGGUUUGAGGCGCUGCAGCUCAGUUUCAAGAACAUGUGCAAGCUGAAGCCGCUGCUAAACAAGUGGCUGGAGGAGGCCGACUCUACGACCGGUAGUCCAACGAGCAUUGACAAAAUCGCAGCGCAAGGGAGGAAACGGAAGAAGCGCACAUCCAUUGAAGUGAGUGUUAAAGGGGCCCUGGAAAGCCACUUCCUGAAGUGCCCCAAACCCUCAGCCCAAGAGAUCACCUCUCUGGCAGACAACCUGCAGCUGGAGAAGGAGGUGGUUCGGGUCUGGUUCUGCAACCGGAGGCAAAAGGAGAAGAGGAUGACGCCUCCUGGAGUGCCCCAGACACCAGAGGACGUUUACUCUCAGGUCGGCAACGUGAGUGCAGACACACCGCCUCCGUCCAUGGACUGCAAACGGAACUUUUUUAGUAGAUUACUUAAAAGAUGCAAGUUUGAACGAUGAGCACGACGACCAGAGGGUGACAGCGACGCGCUCUCUCCGUCAGGUAAUUUUGGCGCAUUGACAACACAAUCAAAUCAUCUCACGAAAAGCGAAAAACAAACACGGACUGCUCCCCUUUGUUGUCCAAAGUUGGAUUGUUUUAUUUGAGAAGUUUUGAAGACGAAUGGGAUCAAUCAUCAGUGUUGACCACAAAGGAUUUCUGAACACCUCAGUGUUUGACAGACUGACGUUUAACAUUUUGACAAAAGGGAACAGAGGCUUGACCACCUCUCCACCCCCCCCCCCCCCCUCCUUUCCCCCAAAAUAACUCUGCAUCCUCACCUGACCCCAAAGAUAGCCCCCCUUUUGUAUUUUGUAGUGUUUUGUGGACCAAAUUUACGUGAAUGGAUUAAAAAAAAAACAGAAGAAGAAAAAAUGGCGAAAUUAUUCAUUUUGAAAUUGCACUUAGAAUUUUUUUCUUCUCCCGUUGAUCCAUACACCAGCUUUAGCUGAAAGGUUGUGGCUUUUUCCACUUUACUGCCCUUUCCUUGCAGUAUUUUUUUAUAAUUUCUGUCUUUUUUGGUAAUUGUAAAUCCAGCAAUAUUGAUUAUCAUGGUCACAUGUUGAUUGGGGUUAUGUGCUUUAUAUUUUAAUUGAAAGGGUUUGACUAUUUUAAUCGAAUUUCGAAUUUAAAUAUUGCGAGCUGUAAUUAAUGUUUUCCUGACAUUUAUCUUUAGCAGAUAUGUGUAUCAUUUCCCCUCUUUUUAUAGAUAUUAACUUCUGUUCAUUUCAUUGUAGGCCCACUGUCUUUAUUCUGGUUCUGAUAUUAAUUAUUAUAAUUAUUUUGAAAAGGGCAUAAAAGGACAAAGGUGACAUUGAUCGCUGUUAAAGAAAGGUUUAUUUUGUUGUGGAUGUAAUUUAAUUUUAGUUGUGAUUCCGUCCAAAAUGACUGAGGAAAAAAAUAAAUUGGUUUGUACUUAAAUUA